GGCCCGCGCGCGGGGGGGUGGGACCCUCGCGUAUAAAGGGGCGCGCGAGGACUGGGCGUUCCACAGGCCAAGUGCUCUGCGCUCGGUGGGUGCCAGCCAGGCCUGAGCCAGCCCAGCGAACGAGGACAGGCACCGAGGGGGGCGCGGCCGCCGGCCGGACGACAGCGAACGAGCCUCAGGAGCAGUCUACUGCCCGACAGCCAGCCCCCGGCCAUGUCCGACGUGUAUCUCCGCAGCACAUUGGCAAUGGAGCGCCUCGUCGCCCGCCGCACCUUUCCUGUGUUCGCACGCACCAGCGCCUGCCGCAGCCUCUUCGGGCCCGUGGACCACGAGGAGCUGAGCCGCGAGCUGCAGAUGCGCCUGGCCGAGCUAAGCGCCGAGGACCAGCGCCGCUGGGACUACAACUUCCAGCAGGACGUGCCACUGCGGGGCCCUGGGCGCCUGCAGUGGACCGAGGUGGACAGCGACUCCGUGCCCGCCUUCUACCGCGAG